UUCGUUUCAUUAUGCGCGCGAUGUACGCUGUGUAACGGAACGAUAUUUAUGCAUUAGAAGCGCAAAAUGGAUUCCACAAUAAACAGCGCUGUUAAUAUUGUGACAAUGUUUUUAAUUGAUGACGCUAAUGAAAGUGACAGUAGUAAAUCAUUUAGUUGCAUUUCUGAUUAUUAUAGUGACGAAGAAUAUGAAGACAAUUCGAGCAUCGACUACGAAUUGGAAAUUUUAUAUUCAGUUCUCAUGGUAGGCGAGACAUGUGGAGAAACAGUUUUGAGAGAAAAAAUAAUAAAUUUUGUGGAAAGAGUUAUUCCUGGAUACACGAAGCACGUAUUCAAAGAACAUUUUCGAAUGUUUCCGGAAACAUUCGAAGUGGUGUUACAAUUAAUCGGGCCAGGACUAAAAGCCAUAAAUGCAUUGCCUGGAAAAAAAGCAAUCUCUGCCGAAAAGCAACUCCUUAUAGCAAUUUGGUCUGUAUCAACGAAAUUUGGAGUUGGAAAAGCAACUGCAUUUAGACGAGCAGAGCAUUAAAACGAGUAACAUAUGCUUAAAGGGACGUCUACAUUGG